AUGUUGGAUGGCAAUGAGUCAAACAAGACGGACUCUUUCCAUCGUAGACGUGCCAGUAAUGCUGAAUCAACGUCAUCAAAAUUAGGCACUCAAGUUGGCCGUAAGGGUAGCAGCAACUCUCAGAUAAUUGGCGGAAAGAAACGUUAUCCUUGCUCGUACCCUGGAUGUGAUAAGACCUUUUCAACCAGUGGACAUGCAGCCAGACACAAUCGUAUUCACACCGGCUCCAAACCAUAUCGAUGCACAUUUCCCGGAUGCAAUGCGAGCUUCUCCAGGCAAGAUAAUUCUCUGCAACAUUACCGAACCCAC